AUGAGUUCAAAUAUCUCUGAAAGUGGAACUGCUAUUGGGGCAUCAAGCAAAUGGUCCGACCCUAACAAAUGGGACGACGCCGCAGCGGAAUAUAACGAAGCUGUAGGGAGAUCUUCUCGUCUUGGUGCUGCACAUCUUAUUACCUUAGCCGACGCUCUCCAUCCCAUAUCAUCUGUCUCAAACGCGCGAGCCAUUGACCUAGGGGCAGGAACCGGAUCACUUACCCAUCUACUCUCGGCUGCCUUUCCAUCGCUACCUAUCUUGGCAACAGACAUCUCCCCAGGCAUGUUAGAAGAACUGAUGACGAUAGCCGACUUGACUAGAAACCAAAGCAUUACGACUCAAGUCGCCGAUAUGGCCUCCCCAGUUGGUGGUGCGGUAACGGAAGGAUCUUUCUCUCACGUGUUCAGCACUAUGGCCAUUCAAGUGCUGCCAGAGCCCGCUGGGGAAGGUACACUAAAGAAAUGGUCAAGCUUGCUAGCUCCUAGGGGCAUCGUGGCAAUCGGAAUGUGGGAUUUUGACGAGAACUGUGGACCGCAUACACUAUGGGCGGAAGCUGCAACUGCGGUAGAUCCUUCGUAUAGAAACCCAUCAUUGCUACCACCUAGACAUUGGUACGGGCGCGCUCAACUAGAGAAAGGAUUGAAAGAAGCGGGAUUUCGAGAUAUAAAAAGUGAGGUCUUAGAUAUCGGGUUCCACGUUGGUAAAGAGGGUUUUAUGCGAUUUUUCUGGGAGAGUGGAAAUCCUAUGGCGAAGGACAGACAGGCGAGUUUUAAGGGGGAUUUAGCUAAGGUGAAAGUUGAGAUGGAGAGGCUUUUGGAUGGAGUUUAUGAGGGAGGAAGGAAAAUUCCAUUAUCGGCUGCGUUGGCGGUUGCUAGAAGACCUGAGUAA